CGACCAAGCACAUCGGCUUAUUGUCGGCAUUGAAGAUUCGGCUUCAGGACCAAGGAGGCUCGCGGGAAAAAGACUUUUCCCCGCAAACAACCUCGUAUCGUGUUUAUUCCUGUUGAAAAUCGUUAAUAGUCAUCAGCUAUGAAGUUGUUGUGGGCUCUCGCUGCCCUACUUUUAUGCUGUUGGCGAGCCGACGCGUCCACAGCGGGUUUCAUAAAAUCCCCCCUCUCUCAGAUCAAACUAAUCAACAACAGUGCAGAGCUGCACUGUGAGGUAGUAGGGAACCCCAUUCCCGAGGUGCAGUGGUGGUUUGUAGAGGGCGAAGAGUCCAAUGAGACGCUCACCCAGCUGUUCGAUGGGGCACGAAAUGAGCGCGUCAGAAUAAACGCCACAUACAUAGCUCACGCCACCAGCACCAUUCACCUCCUCAGCCUCACUCUUGACGACACGGGCACGUACGAGUGCCGCGCUUCCAACGACCCCGACCGCAAUGAUCUGAAGAAGACGCCCAAAAUCAAGUGGAUCCGCUCGCAGGCAAACAUUAUUGUGAUUGAAAGCCCACAAGUCAGUGCUGAACCUUCUGAGGUCAGCAACCAAACGUCUGCCAUUCUCACCUGCAACUUAACGGAUUCCAACCUUUCCAUUAAGGGUUCCUACUGGACGCAUAAUGACAAAGUCCUUGAAAACUCAAAGUCCUCUUCUCCUAAAUAUGCUUUUUACAAUUUGGAGAAGAUCACCUAUCAACAGUCUGGACGCUAUGAAUGUGUGUUUGAGACUGAGACUGAGCCAAUAGCGAGACGGUCCAUUGAGGUGAAAACACUUCCUCAUGUCGUAGCCCAUAAGCACUCAGAGCACGGUAAUGAGAAAGACAAAAGUGUUCUCACUUGUGUUGCUCAUGGUUACCCCCUUCCCACUGAUUGGAUGUGGUAUAAAGAGGAGGGCGGCGAACAAAAGCCUAUAGUUAAUGGCACUGAGAGAUACAAGAUCAGCAGCACCAGUAACAAGACCAUGCUGACCAUUGAAGACCUGAACAUCGAGGAAAACGGAGGAUACUACCUCUGCUCUGGAAACAAUGAGCUCGGCCAAAAGAAGGACAAGAUCUUCCUCCGUGUCCGGAGUCGCCUGGCUGCUCUCUGGCCCUUCCUUGGCAUUGUGGCUGAGGUCAUCAUCCUUGUCACGGUCAUCUUCAUCUACGAAAAGAGGAGAAAGCCUGAUGACAUCAAUGACGACGAUGACUCAGGAGCUGCUCCUCUGAAAAGCAAUUCUACUUCAAACCACAAGGACAAGAAUGUGAGGCAAAGAAACGCAAACUAAGAAAAUGGAGAUGGAUGUCAAGUUGGCACUCCAGGAUUCAACUGUUGUGUGGCACAUUAUGUUGUGCAAUACAAUUUUUAAAGUACCUUUUUGUGCUUGAGUAUUGAUGUUUUAGAAUAAUUUUCCUUUUUUUUUUUUUUUUUUUCCCUUCCUUUUUUAUGCUUAAUUUUUAACAUUGUGCAGCCAGGAUGUAGUGUGAAAAAACCCUUUCUGCUUCAGGCCAUGUGACAAAUAUUGCAUGAGUUUUAAAGCUGUUCUAGCCAAGUGUGUGGUGUAAAAAAAAAAAAAUUACAUGAGAAUGCAUAGUUUUGUGAUCUUCAGUUUUUUUUUUUUUUUUUUUUAAUGCUCAAGCUUCCUGCACAGGUCUAUCAUAUUGCCACAUUUCACUCUGAUUUGAUUUGGAACACUCACUUGUGAAGAAGCACAAUGUUUCUUUUGUACUUUUGAUCCAGAUACUUGCCAUCCUUGUUUUAAAACAUACACGUUUACUGGAAUUCAUAUAUGAUUUGUUGCAACCCCUCAAACGUUGCUUUGCUGAGUUUAUUACUUUGCCUUAAAACUGCUUUUCACCUGGGUUCUUUUUGUUUUUUUCCCUUUUUUUUUUUUUUAAAAAACCCUGAAAAUAUUGGCUUAGAUAUGAGGCUUUAAAUUUAUUUCACAAUUUGCUCAAAUUCAAUGUCUGACAAUUUGUUUAGUUUUUUUUUAUUUUAUUUUAGAUUUGUUUUUCACUCAGAUUAAGAUUGGAGCACAUGUUGUUGCUCAGUUAACCUCCCCGGUAUAAGAGGAUUAUUUUGGACCAAGUGCAAAAUGCAACUUCAGUAAUUUGCACACAUUAAAAAAAAAAAAAAAUACUACUGAAUUUCUUUUCCUCUUUGCUUCUUGUGAUCUGAAACGGUUACCUGAUUGUUGAAUGGUUUUCUGUCCUCUUCACUGUGUAGAUAAUUCAGAAGCCAUAUAUUCCAUUUAACCUGAACAACGUGGUGAUUGAAUGUUACACUAUAGAGUUUCAAGAUUUAAAGACUUAGCCAGAAUUGUGUAAAGUGCUGUACCUUCCAUCAACAUGGAAUACCAUCCUUUGUACAACUUGCACAAACUGAAAUAAAGAUAUUGAAAUUUAAAACUG